AAUUUUUAGAAGAAUUGCGUCUAAAAACUACCAAAAUUGUAGUAAUUCUUAAAACGUAAGCUGGCAACACCGGCCAAAUCAACAAGCGGCCGUGCUUCGUUCGACUUUUUGCAAAACUGCAAAAUAAUUGUUUCUUCAAUUAAUUUCUUACCUUUUCAUUAACAGUUAUCUUUCUCGAUUCAUAAACUUUCGUAUUGAUUCGCUGUUAUUGUCUUACGUACGGAGUUUUUACCGUUUUUCGUCCCAUUAAAAGUGACAGAUGUUUCUGUGCUAAAACGCGCCAGUUUUUGAUCAGUUGAAGUGCAGCUUCUCAUAAAAAUGGAAGAACCUAAUAAUGAACUUAUCGACAUUGAACCAGCAUCAGAAGGAACAGAGAGUACUGUUCUAGCAGUGUCUGAAGUGUCCAGCACUUCAGGAACCAAGGAUGUCUCCCAAAAUCUUUUCCCCGAGAGUCCUGUGUAUGAGCUGGAAGAAGAUCCUACAUUCCCAGAAGAUAGUCUUGAGGUUGAAACAACUAAAGAAGAACAAAAACCUAAAGAUGAACCUCAAGUAAUACAUACUAAAAGAAAGCUAUCAGAAGAAGCCCCAGACAGUAUUGCUAAGAUUCAAAAACUAGAUUUGGAGGAUGAAGAAAUCGCUGUAACAACCCAAACACUAGAUGAUGAAGUAUCUUCAAUAACGAGUGUAGCUAAACGCAAGUUACAAGAUGAAAUACCAUCUGCCUCCCGCGUGCGGAGCCCGGGACGAUCAAGUCCAAGAAAAGUCAAAAAACGAAGCAACAGUGCCGAGCUGACGCCCAAAACACCAAGGACACCAAAAUCUCGUUCAGCCAGUGUAGAUCUCACUAAAGGUCGUAGAACACCCAAACUCAAAGCACAAUUACAAUUGUUCAAACAGGAAAUGGAAGAAAAAGAUGUAGUAGUUAUUUCUUCUAGCUCAAAUCGUCCUAGCGUAGAAUUUGUAGCAGAAAUCCCUGCGCCCAAAAUACCAGAAACAAUCACAGAAGAAAGUAAUACAGAGAACCUUGAUGAUUCGCAAAAUUUCCAUCUAGCAUUAUCCCCUACACCAGAUGAAAAUGAGAGUUCAAAUGAAGACAAACCUAAAGUCAUGAAUUAUAACAGUGAACCAGUGAUUGUUAAAGACCGGGUAGAAAUACUCGAUUCUGGUAAAGUCCGCGAAACUAAAAGCGACGGAUUUAACCACUCUGAACUUAAUAAUAAACUAAAAGAUUAUAGUGAUAGUAAGACAGACUUAGAAACUACUGAAAGCGUAUGUUCGGGUCUAGAUAGUCCUGAAAACCCUCCCAGCGUUGCUUCAAAAUUAAUCACAAAAUUAUCGAACGGAAAUUCCUCCACACCAACGGAAACAAUCGACAAACAUGGCGCAGAUGAUAUUACUCCUGAUAUGACAAAGCUAAAUGGUAAUACUAAAAGGGGAAAGAAUGAGUCAUUCAGAGUCAGUAACACAACCACUCCCUCGACCAUAUCUCCCUUACAAAAUGGUCAUUCCUUACCAAUACAUACACCACAGAUACCAGUUUUCGACGUACAUGUUAGCCACAAUGAAGAUUGCGAAUUUUUGUCUUUGUACGUCGUCCGUACUGAUACUGACGUUGGAAUGGAUAUGUGUAAGGAGUAUCAGAGGAUUUCAAAAAGAUUCUCGAUCGAUCCGUAUUUUGGAGAUGUUUCAGUCAGUACGUCUCCUUCAAGUGUAACCAGUAUUGGAAUGAUCAAUUUGCCCAAUAGAUCCUCAUUUGUAUCAACCGUUAGCUCAACAUCAUCCUCUAGUACAAGAACUAGUGAUGGAGCGUUCGUAGUUCCUCAGCCGCCCAGGAAAUCAGUCUCAAACCCGUCAUCUACCGUCAAAGGAUAUGAAGCUUUAAUGAAAAAGCUUCAAGACUUAUUUUCGCACAUUCGUGAAGCAUCACUUACAGACGCUAAUCGAUCGCAUGAUGAUAAAAUAUCUGUGGGUAUCCAAGCUUCUUUGUCAAAUGAAACAGUUUUCAGUAACGGCAACGCCUCCCCCGAAGAGGUCAGUAAAUGCGAUAAAGCUACUCCGAAAAGUUCUUUAAAGAAACGGGUUAGAGGUCGACGGCCUAUAGCUGGGAAAACUAAACGGGCCUUAUUACCAACUCAGCCGGAAGAAAACGAGUAUAUGCAUGGAAUGAAUUCUCCUGAAAUGGUGCCAACGAAUGGUGAUAGUGGGAAGAUAUCUCCCGUUAAAUCUCCUAAGGAGGAAAAGCCGUUGUCAACCCUAAUCGGGACACCAAAAUCCGUUACUAAACUGAAGCAGAAAAAACGGCCUAUAUCCCCUCGACCCGCUACGCCUGUUGAAAAAAUCACAGUGAAACCUGAAUAUCCUGGUUACGCCCCUGAUACGGUUGUGUUAGCAAAAUGGGUUGACAAACGCUACUAUUCCGGCAAAGUGUUAGAAAUAACUGAACCAAAUAAAUACUUGAUAAAGUUUGAUGACGGACAAAGCAAAACUUUAUUAGAUGACUUCAUAAUAUUUGGGGAUACUAAAAAGUUGCCACUUCAAGGUCAGUCGGUGUAUGCUCUGGUGGACGAAGAACAAAAUUAUGAACCGGGUCUGGUGCUUGAGAUUGAUGAAAACGAGAGUGGCACUGUUGCCUAUAAAUGCACCACAGAUGGGGAUACAAUAGUGAUGGUAACAGCCAGCGAGCUAUACCUCACGGAGGACCAGGCUCGGUCGAUAAAGGAGUCGACUAGAUCGCGGUCGCCGACUUCACCCGCUACGCCACGGAGGCGACACCAUAGGGAAUUGGACCUCGAUAAUAUUAUACAGGGUCCCCGCAGCGCUCGCAGUCGAGACAAAGGAAACUCGAGCGCCAAAAAACGUGUUACAUCACCAAAGAGUCCCAAAGCUUCAACCUCAGGUCUCAAAACCAAAGGCACUCCAAUAGGUCGAAAACGUGUUGCAAGCGAAAGCAGCGAGAUGAGCGAAAGCAGCAACUCGGCGCCUCCCGUGAGGAUCGAAGAGGUCGCUGGGGUCGAGCCAGAGGUCCAGAAAACCCCGCGGAAGAUUGAUGGGGUCAAAGCCGGCCCCCUCCAACUGAAAGGCGCAGCGAAACAGAACAUAGGCAAGAAGAACUCCAAGCUAACCAAAUUCGAGAAUGAUGAAGAUACGGUAACCACCUUGGGUCCCAUACCCAGCCCGGAGAGCAAGCUGUUUGUCGGACUCUGUUUCUUGCUCACUUGCACAGAACCGCCCAAACCGCCGAAAUCAGAGAAAAAAGAGCAAUGCCAGGAUACCCGUCAUUAUUCUUCUGAAGAAGAUAGUGAGACUGCAUCAACGAUGGCUGGGACGGAUACUGAAGACCUGGAGUUCUGUACGCGACCCUUCAAUAAGGAGCGGCUUAAAGAACAGCUGGAAGCAGGCGGCGGAACCGUUUACAGCCACUUCGACGAUGUGCCAAAGAACAAGUACCCGGUAACCAAGCUGAUAGCGCCCAGACCAUGUUUGACUGCCAAAUACAUACAAUGUGUAGCCGCAGACAUAAGAGCUUUGUCCCACGCGUGGGUUAUAAUGAGCUGUAUACAGAACAGAGUACUAGACUUCGACGCCUACAUUCUACCUUCUGGGUGGUCUUUACUGAAAAAGCGUUAUGUAACCUGGGUCCCGCCAUCAGGAAAACGCAACACAACCUUCUUCAAAGACAAAGUAAUCCUACUAUGUGGUGACCAAGACACGUUUGUCAAAUUCUGGGAACGAGUCUGCACAUUUGCCGGAGCAACCACUAGAGUAGUCAACGAAGAAGACCUAAACAUGUCCGGUGCAAUUGUUCUAGUCACGGAAUGGGACUGUCCCCACGAAGUCCAGAAUAAGGCUAACCAGGAUAACAUUCCCCUAGUUUCAACGACCUGGGUGGUCCAAUGUUUGAUCGAAGCGAGGCUGAUCGCCCCAACUUCCCACGAUAAGUUCUCAUUUAUGUACGCUGAGCCCGAAUGAUCCUGGGACUUUCGGAAGGUGCUCAUUAUACGUGAAUAUUGACACAUAGUGAGUCGUGCGAGAUGUGACGCUUAGUGUUUAAUGUGUAAAGUGACAUAAAGACAAAUGUGACAGUGUUUUCUGGGUUCUGUAUUUUAAGUGUGACAGAUU